AUGUGCAAGGACCUAAAUGAAACCACAUGGACAGACACACCCAUUAUCGUGUCCAAGCAUGAUAUUACAGAUAGAGUCAUUGUCGAUGACUUGCACCGUGUAAUUUUAUGCGCAAUUCCUAAGGCAGCAAGCAGAACAUGGCGUAAGUUAAUGCUCCAACUAAACGGACAGCUGAAUACCUCUGUGGUAUACAAAGAUAUGCCUUAUCCGGACAUAAAAAUAUACGAACGUCGACUUAACACUUACUCGGAUUUUGGUAUCCACACUCGAGUGAACAGCCAUAUUAAAAUAAUGACAGUCCGCCAUCCUCUAGUGCGUCUGGUCUCGGCGUACAAAGAACAACUUGUUUUUAUAUCGAUGGUAAAGAAAUAUAUAAAACAAAGAGAAGGAAAAACGCGUAAAACUACUUUUGCGGAUUUUCUAAAUUAUAUCGUCGGCAACGGAAAUAUUCACUGGGAUCCGUUUCACAAGUUGUGCUCGCCUUGUAAACUGCGAUACGAUUUCGUAGCAUACUUUGAGACUAUCGAAGAAGACACCAAAAACAUUUUAGCUCUUCUAGGCGCAGACGACUUAAUCAAGCUCCCGCCCUCGCAUCGAUCAAUCAAAUUGUCGUCCGACGAUGAAGCUCGGAAAUACUAUACUGGAAUUGACCAACAACUUUUGAAGCGACUUUCGGAACUGUAUUGGAUUGAAGAGAAGUAUUUUGGAUAUAAUAUGAGUUUAUUUGGAUAA